GGUAGAGCAGCGGUGUACUGUAUAGUUCAUUGUCCAAUGCUUCAUGAUGAGGAACCGCACUCGACCUUGCUUCCUCUCUCUCUACUCAGCUCAACCUACAAUAUAAAAAGAGCCAGUCAACCCCCCUCCUCUCAUUUUUUUCCCACCAGCAUCAGCUCUAAGCCAAAGUCCCCAUUCUCACCUCUCGCAACCUACCUCUUCUUCCUCUCCACCAACACCCCAAAAACCCUCGAGCAAAAUCACAAUGGUCCAACUCCUCCCCCUUGGCCUCCUCCUCCUCGGCGCCCUCGCCACCACCACCCAAGCAUGCACCUACUGCCAAUGCGAAUUCGCCAACAGCGAGCAUUGCUGCGUGUACUCGGACGCAAGCGCCGGAGAGCUGGACUGCGCGUCCAUCUGCGCCAACGCUCAUCGCGCGGAUGGGGUCAGCAACUCGGAUGGAACGGCCGGCACCGCCUGCAAUGCGGGGGGGAAGUAUGAGUGUAUCAGUGCGUUUACGGCGUUGGAUCGGACGCCUUGUUAUACGGAGUAGAUUUUGAGGGAGCCCGGG